UGAAGAUCUGGAAGGCAUGUUGUGCAAGUGGUACUUGCCUCUACGUGGCAGCCAUGUCUACAUGUAUACAAGGGAUCAAAGACGGAAAGAGCCCCGCAGUAUCGAUGUCAUUUGCGCCCUUUGAGCGACGACUUGUCUCUCUCCUUCCUUGUUUGAAACGGAAGCCGACAUAGGGGGAAGCUACAAUGCAGCAAUCAUUGGGAUCUCAUCAAUCUUAUGAGGUCAAGCCUCCCAUGUAUAAGAGUACACCACCCGUCAGAAACUCUUCAUAACCGGACAGCACUCUCAACUAAACAAUACUCCAUCCCACGAUAUUCGAAGCAUAACGCAACAUCAUUCUACAACUUGAUAACAGCUCCCGACCAAGAACUUCAACACUCAUUCUCCCCACCUGAUUCACAGACAAUAAGAUGUCUACCAAAGCACGCAGCAAUGCCACCAUCUCCUGCCUUUGCGGUUCCAUCCAACAAACAGUAACCCUCUCUCACGUGGAUACCGACAUCGUCCUCUGCCAUUGUACAUCCUGCCGACACCUGAGCGGGCAACUCUUCACAUCCUGUGUUGCCCUCUCAUCAGCUCCCGCUUCUGUCGACGGCCUCACGACAUAUCACUCGGACCCGGACCACCCAAACCUUGAAACAACAAGUUACUACUUUUGCUCAACAUGUGGUUGUCACGUCUUCCAGCGCUCGAGUUAUUACUCCGACAGUGAUGACGACGACAACGACGACAGCUACAAAGAACAACCUGAGUGGGCGGUAGCAACAGGCGUGAUCACAUCAUCCAAGAAAGAUAAUCCAAGCAUCAAAAUAAACUGGCAGCACCAGAAGGUGGACGACACCAAAGAUUGGGGGUUAUCUCUCUGGCUUCCAACCAUAAUCACAUCCACAUCCGACAACAACAACCAAAAAGCCACCAAGAUCCUCCACACCAUCACUGCUCCAAGCACCAACAACACAAACGGUCUCGACCACGUCCUCCACGCAGCCUGCCAUUGCAAACGCAUCUCCUUCUCCCUCUCCCGCCCCUCCGAAGCCAGCACCCUCCCCCACCGCGGCUACCCAGACGUCAUGUACUCGUACGCCGUGGAGCCAGAAAGCGUGACUUCGAAUCCUCAUGACGAGAAGUGGUGGCUUCGCGGGCCUGAACCGCAGUGUACCUCCUCCUCCGCCAGAACCCCUCCGUUAGACGAAAACACCAAAUUCACCAGAUACUUCACCGCCGCCUGCGUCUGCAAAUCCUGCCGCCUGGCCUCUGGCUUCGAAGUUCAGUGCUGGGCUUUUGUGCCGACGUGUAAUAUCCAUUUUGCCUCCGUUGUUGAAGGUGGUCGAGAUUUCAAUACCCUCCCUCGGGGUCUUCUCAACAGGUACGAAUCCUCCCCCGGAGUCUGGAGGGAGUUUUGUCCCACUUGCGGAGCCACGGUGUUUUAUCACGCUGAGGAGGCGGAGGAUGUGAUUGAUGUUAGUGUUGGUCUAUUUGAUAGUGAUAAGUGGGAUAGGGGAGCUAGGGUGGAGGAUUGGUUGGAGUGGGGGAGGGGGAGAGUGUCGUAUGCUGAAGGGGUUAGGGAGGGGAGGAGCGGUGGGAUGGCCGAUUGGGCGGAGAGGGUUCUAAGGGGGCUUGAGGGGGGGAUGAGAGGGUGA